AUCUCAUUUUCAAAAUCUUUUAGCUCAAAAUGGGUGUAGAAUCAGAGAGAGAAGUAUUAGAACCUUUGAGCCCUAUUACCCUUUCUCUGAGCACUCCAAAGCUUACUCUCUAUAUCAUAUCCGUAUUUGAGAGUGAAAUACCCUUCAAUGUAGACACACUCAAAUCAUGGAUCACUCAAAUCAUGGAUUGCCUCAACCCUCGAUUUUGCUGCACUAUGGUAGAGAAAGACAGAGGAGAGUUAAGGUGGAAAAGGGUGAAUUUGAACAUAGAUGACCAUUUCAUUGUCCCGAAGCCUCCUAAUGGAGACUCUGAUACACAUGACCAACAUGUAAAGCAAUACAUCUGCGAUGUAAGCCUGAAACCUCUUCCGAUGGAUCGUCCUCUAUGGGAGUUUCAUGUUCUCAAUUGGAAGACUACUUGUUCACCUGCAACCCUAGUUGUUAAGGUGCACCAUUCCGUGGGAGAUGGUGUCUCAAUGAUGUCUUUCUUGUUAGAUCUUGCCAAGAGAGCAGACGAUCCGACUAAGCCUAUCUCUUUUCCUACCUCAUCUAGUGCAAGUGGGAAGGCCCAAUUCAAGAACUUCAGAAACGUUUUUAGCAGCGUAUCGAGCCGAAUAGGUGGACUCGUAAGUGGGGCUUGGUAUUCAGCCAUUGAUGUUGUGGAUGGUUUGGCGAGGAGCAAAUUGUGGGUGCAGGAUAGUAACAUUCCCAUGAGGGGUCCUCCAGGGGUGGAGAAACUUCCAGUGCGCAUAUCUCAGGCAACAAUGGAUCUAAAAGAGAUCAAAAUGGUGGGCAAGAAGCUCAAUGCGACUGUAAAUGAUGUUUUACUUGGUGCCAUUUCCUAUGGUCUUCAAAAAUAUCUACAACUCUCUCUAUCAAAAGAUGAGAGAUACAAGGAUCCCUCAGUCAUUUUAGAGGGGUUGAAGGUGACUUCCUUGGUGUUUUUCAAUGCAAGAGAAGAUAAAGGUCUGCAAAAGCCAGAAAUGAUGUUCACAAGUAAUUCAAAAGCACCAUGGGGAAACCGCAUCUAUUUCUUUCUCCGUCCAAUUCCUUUUGGGAUGCCCAAAGAUCCAACUUACUUUGUGAAGCAAGCAAGUUCUUCUACAAAAAGGUCCAAGUCAUCACUUGGAGUCCUACUAGGUAGAAAGUUUCUAGUGUUUAAAGCAAGGUAUAGAGACCCAGAGGUUGCGGCUUCUUCGUUCUACAAUUCAAUGAGUAGCACGACUCUAGCUUUGUCAAAUAUGGUGGGUCCAAAAGAAAAGAUUGCAAUUGAAGGCCACCCCAUCAAGGAUUUCUCCUUCUUCGUGACGGGGAUCCCUUUGAGUCUUUUCCUAUCCGUUGUGAGUUACAUGGAUCAUGUGAAUUUAAGAGCAACAGGGACCAAAGGUUACGUAGACACUGAAACUCUUUGUCGCUGCAUUACUGAAGCUUUUCAAGAAAUCAAGGACUCCUUAGUAUCUUAACUCUAGGUCUCUAGAUUGGUAUUGAUUAUUUCAAAAUAGCAUUGUCAAUCUAUGUGGGUGGGUGCUAUAUAUGUCAUAUAAGAUGUUUAUAUUUUGGAUGUGCUCGUAGGUAUAUGUUGCUGCUCUUCUACACAUCAUGUAUAAAGAAGAGCUCAGUAAAUGUAUGGAAGAAAUUUAUAUAAAGUUUUCAAGCGUUUGUAGAUCUGCAAUAGGGUAUUAGGUUUUCAUAUAGAAGAAAUUUGUAUAAGAUUUUCAUACAUAAUUGUGCUCGUGGGUAUAUGUCAUAUAAGAUGUUUACAUUU